UAACUCAUAACGCUGAACCUGGACAAAUGAUUUGCGUGAACCGACUCUAGAUCAUUAGUGUUAUGUUGAGUGGACCCAUUGACGCUUGAAGCUUAACUCACCAUGUAUGUGGCUCAAAUUAAUUUGAGAAAUUGUGUGCUGGCUUCUUAAAAACGGUCCGUGUUCGGUUUUAUUUCGCUCAUACGCACUUUCCGCUGACGUUUAGCUCAGCAAUACACACACUGCUGGCGUGACCAGAAAAAGACAAGCUUGCUAACAUAGGAGCGAGAAACAGCAGCAGCAGCAGCAAGUGACGAGAACCGACCGACAACAACCGAAACAAAACCAUCAUUUGGUUCUGUUGAGGGAGAGAGUGAGACAGAGAGACAAAACAUAGAAGACACUGGGCCCUGACCAUGCCACUGUUUGGUAAAUCCCACAAGAGUCCCACGGACAUUGUGAAGGCUCUGAAGGACAACCUCUCCAUCCUGGUAAAGCAGGACAAGAAGACAGAGAAGGCAUCAGAGGAGGUGUCUAAAUGCCUGGUGGCGAUGAAAGAAAUCCUGUACGGCACCAAUGAUAAGGAACCACACACGGAGACGGUGGCCCAGCUUGCCCAAGAGUUAUACAACAGCGGCCUGCUCAUUUCACUGGUGGAGAAUCUUCAGGUCAUUGACUUUGAGGGUAAGAAGGACGUUUGUCAGAUCUUUAACAACAUCCUGCGCAGGCAGAUUGGCACUCGCAGCCCCACGGUGGAAUAUUUCUGCUCCCAUCAGGAGGUGCUCUUCAUAUUGCUUAAAGGGUAUGAGACUCCUCAGGUGGCGCUAAACUGUGGCAUCAUGCUGCGUGAGUGCAUCAGACACGAACCAUUAGCCAAAAUCAUUCUGCACUCUGAGCACUUCAACGACUUCUUCAGCUAUGUGGAGAUGUCGACGUUUGACAUUGCCUCUGAUGCAUUUGCCACCUUCAAGGAUCUUCUUACAAGACAUAAGGUUCUGGUGGCAGAAUUUUUAGAACUAAACUAUGAUGCGGUCUUUGAGAACUAUGAAAAACUGCUUCACUCUGAAAACUAUGUAACAAAGAGGCAGUCACUGAAGCUGCUGGGAGAGUUGCUUCUGGACAGACACAACUUCACUGUGAUGACAAGGUACAUCAGCAAGCCAGAGAAUCUCAAACUUAUGAUGAAUCUAUUGAGAGACAAAAGCCCCAACAUCCAGUUUGAGGCCUUCCACGUCUUCAAGGUGUUUGUGGCUAAUCCCAACAAGACGCAGCCCAUUGUAGACAUCCUGCUGAAGAAUCAGACCAAGCUCAUCGAUUUCCUUAGCAACUUCCAGAAGGACCGCACGGACGAUGAGCAGUUUAACGAUGAAAAGACGUACCUUAUCAAACAGAUACGAGACUUAAAGAAGCCUGCCUCCUAAACCUUAGCUAGCAAUCAUGUUAUUAAGCACCUCAUCUUUUUACUGAGGAAAACAAGAAAAAAAACAUAAAAACUAUUAACAAUAAUAAUUCUAUUUAAAAUCUUCAACAUUUGUCUUUUCUUAGUCAUAAAGCUCACAGGUGAUAGUUCUGAAAUCACUGAUGUUCAGUUGCUUCCUUUUUUUACAUUAAACAUUUGUUAGUUCCAUUAUCAAGUUGUGCGCCACAUUAGGAGGUUUAAAAAGCUACUGAUUUAGUUUCAGGAAGAACCAAAGGCUGUAGCAACCUCUAGAAAAGUGGGUGAGUCAGGACCUACAAGCACGCUUCAUAUCUUCAUUUUUCCACACCUGACACCAAUCCAGCAGUUAACACAGAGGAAGGAGUUACUCUGUACAGGUUGUAGAAGAUAGCAGUAGUGGAACUGUAGGAAGGGAGGUUGCUUUCCCCAGAUAUUUAUAAAGCUUUGACUUUUUGGAUUUAGAUUAAACUUUUUCUUGCAUUCCUUUAUUCUAUUCUAGAAAUUCCCUUCACAGUAAUGCUGUACAAUUUCUUCUCACGCACCUGCCUAGCAUAAUGCAGUCUCAGAACGGUUCUGGGUUUGUUUUAAAUUGAUCAAAAAGUCAGUUAUGUAAUCCGUUUCUGUUAUUUUAUAAUCGUUGUUUUUAAGAGUGAUUUAAUUCUAGCAGUAUUUUCUUGUUAGGAUUUGAUUCAAAGUACAGUUUGUGUGCUUUAGUAACAGACCUAACAACACUUAAGCUACACUUAUCAUUUAUGCUCGUGAAACAGGGCUGUGUAAUCUUUGCUUUCUAUUUCUACAUGAUGUUUACCUUUUGUGUUUAAAGUUGGCUAUAGUAUAAAAAUGAGUGCCAGCUACAGUUGGCACAUUGUGUAGGAUGCUUUGCAGUGCGGGUAAAGUGCAGAAAGGCGUGUGUGUCUUUUUUGUACUAUACUACUAGGCAUACAGAUGUGGAUAUAGGAUUUAGGUAGCACUGUAGGGUACUUGGUGAUAUUCUUUAUACUUUACUGUAGUGUUCUAUACAUUAGUGCUACACUAAUCCUACUUUACAUGUUAUGUUGCAGUAAAGCUGCUCUACUGGAGUCAUGACUGCACUGCAUGUACUGUGGGACUGUAGUACAGCAGUGGAUUUCUGUUCAGUAGCUGUUAUUUUAGCUCGUCAUUGAGAUUUGGCAGACAGGACACUGACUAGAUGUAGAGCUGAAACCGAAACAGUCAAGAAAACGAACAUAAAAGAACAGGUGCCUUUUGUUGUAUUUUAAUUGUAUUCCUUUUUUUUUCCCAGCCUUUUGUAUAUUUUUAAACUGAUAUUUCUAGGGGGAGCUUAAUUUUAUUUUAUUUCUUUGUUUAUUUUAAAGAAAUAUGUUCUAGUUGAGCAUAUUUGAAUUAAUUAAGCAGUGAACCUCUUUAACUCAGUAUAUUUGAGUUAUGCUGAUGUAGAAAACUUUUUUAUUCUUUUCCGCUAUGAUUAAUGCAGUUGUACGAUUGUAAGUUAACCAUUAGAAUACUUCGAUCUAGUGGAAAUGUAUGAUGAGGUGGUCUUGACCUAUGUUAUCUUGGCUUGCCAAUUAUGUGAAAUACAUACACGUUGAUUUUGCACUUUUGCCAUUUUUAUAAUUUUCUCUGAGAUGUUUAUUUUAAUAUUUAGUUCUAAAAACACAAUCACACUUCACAAUUUCCCUUUAUUGGCAUUUCUGUUGGCUUCAGAGUUCAGAUUCAGUACAAGCUGUUUAAAUUAAAUCAAUAGGAAAACGAUUUAAAUAUAAUAGGCAUCUGAGCCAACUAAAUAUUUUCAGAUCUUUACAUUUAAGUUGCAAUUAAUCUAAUGAAAUAAACUUUAAGAUUUCAAAUCAGAAAUAAUUUCCCGUACAGCUUAUGGCUGCAUCCUUCAUUCUUAAAUGCUAAUUGUACCAUAUCACAAAUAAAGGAAAAUUUAAGCAUUA